AUGGCAGUGGCUUUUUUCUCCGCUAUAAAAACAGGACUAGUAAUGCGUUAUCGACGGUCGAAGCCCUACCUUUAUGACAUGGCCGACAACUCCAUGCAUCGCAUUACACAGGAAUCUCAGGGGAAAACCCGAUUGUAUUUACCUUUGAAAGAGUUGACCACAUUAGCUUAUGCUUGGAGCAGAAAGGUGGAAAGCUUGGAGAAAGGGAUUUCUUUGCGAAGAUGGGAAAUACAAACGUGUAUCCAGUUUAGACACUAA